AUGUUGCCUGAGGGUGAUGUCACAUUGCCCAAGGAUUGUUCUAUGUUGUCUGAGGGUGAUGUCAUUUUGACCAAGGAUUGUUCUAUGUUGUCUGAGGGUGAUGUCACAUUGACCAAGGAUUGUACUAUGUUGUCUGAGGGUGAUGCCACAUUGACCAAGGAUUGUUCUAUGUUGUCUGAGGAUGAUGUCACAUUGACCAAGGAUCGUUCUAUGUUGUCUGAGGAUGAUGUCACAUUGACCAAGGAUUGUUCUAUGUUGUCUGAGGAUGAUGUCACAUUGACCAAAGAUUGUUCUAUGUUGUCUGAGGGUGAUGUCACAUUGACCAAAGAUUGUUCUAUGUUGUCUGAGAAUGAUGUCACAUUGCCCAAGGAUUGUUCUAUGUUGUCUGAGGGUGAUGUCACAUUGACCAAGGAUUGUUCUAUGUUGUCUGAGGAUGAUGUCACAUUGCCCAAGGAUUGUACAAUGUUACCCUAG